UAUGCAGAAUUUUAUGCUGAAUUGAUACAUGCGCCAACUUUCAACUUUUUCAACUUUCCCUUCUCUGCAGAACUUUCCAUUUAAAAAAACAAACAUGUGGUUGAAUGUCAUUGCGCUAUCGUCUUUCUUCCUACAUUAGGGAUGAGUUUUCAUCUGAUAAGAUUUGCCAAUGGGGACAUUGCUGUUGUCCCGGAUAAGUGGUGUGAUGACGGGAUGGUGUACUGGCCAAAAUAUAAAAACACAGAACGUGCCAAAAGGGCAGCUGCCAACAGCGAGGACCAUGAGCCAAACUGGCCAAAAUAUGAUAUGACGAUCAUCAGAACUUGUGACAACUACAAAGAUGCCUGUAGGAUUAUGGAGCAGUAUCAGACCAGCUGCAACACCUCUGACCUACAGUCUGAGGCAGAGCAGGAGUGUGGGCCACCAGAUAAGAGACAAAGGAGGCCAGUCCAUCGUUUCGGAGACUCUGACCAGAGCGAAGAAGAUGUGGAAGAUGUAGUGUCUCAGUUGGAAGCACUACCAGUGCUUCCAAGCCAAUUGCCCUGGCGGACUCCACUAUCUCGCCGAGUGCCAGGCAGUAGAUUCACUGCUCCUCAACCUGGAGAAAAUUGUCCAGCACCUCACCAUGGGGCAGGACUGCAUCACCCUGCACCCGCAUUGAACAUGCAGAGAGUUACUCAAGGAACGGCAGUCCCUCCUCAACUCCCUCCACCCCCCGCACCAGCCCUCAACAUGCAGCCUUCUUCCAGCCUGGCCUGCAGACCAACAUGGCGAGGGGGAAGAAUGGCCGAUACCAUUCCCUGCUCUGCGGCAGAGUUCCAAAUUCUAAGCCUGCUGGAAACGAUAAAACACCAAAACGACCAACUUACCGCUAAGGUGAACCUACUCACCAGUAGGAUGAACAGCACCCCGGGGCCAGAUGUGGAGAUGCUGGACAGCAUUCAGUUUCCCCUGGAACAAUUGGAGGCAGUGGAGGCAUUUGAACAGUUUUUAAAGGAACCGUCAAAUGGCCCAGCUCGACAGAGAGUGGUGCUGUGAGGAAAAACGUGGUGACACGGUCAGCCACGGACGCGGAGGUCACCAAACACGCCAUCAGGUGGUUCAACCUGGCGGCGGAUCGGGCGGCGAGGAGACGUGUCCCUCCUCCAUCCACUCCUCCACCCAAUGAAUAACAAUCAAACAAUCUUUUGAUUG